AUGCUUAACAUGCCGCCGAAGAGGGGGGAAACGUAUAGAAAGAAGCGGUGCGAUGGAGUUCGCAAUGUUUGUGGUCAUUGUGCUCGUCUCAACCUGGUUUGUCACUGGCAGGGUCCCCGCCAGAUUGCAGAUGACGCCUCUCCUUCAUCAGAUUCGGUGUCUCUACGGCUUCGAAUGCCAAAUCAUCCCUCUGUGCCUCUGACGAUUCCAAUUGCACCCGCUCCUAUUCAAUUUCUUCAAAGUGACGCGCCUGAGCUGGCUCGUCGAUCACUGGAUCGCAAGUUAGCGCUCAGAUACUACGUCCAGACAUUCAACACUAUGCUAACUACCAAUCUGGAGAAUAACGGAUUCCUCUCUGUGCUGUUACCCAUGGCAAUCGAAGAGAAAGCGCUGCUUGACAUGUUGAUCGCAUGGUCAUCAUCGCAUCUGUCUCUUUGCGACGAUACUUACCGGAUCAAAGCUCUUGAGCAUAGAUCUACCGCUCUUCAGUCCUUUACAGCGAGCUUACUAAAUAGUGAAUCUCCAGAAGUCUCGCUCGCCUGUUGCCUUGUCUUCUGCUCUAUGUCGGCUGUUUUGGGCGACACUGCAGAGUGGCGCAACCAUUUGGUGGGCGCAGCGCAUAUUAUAAGGCAUAACUGGCUCUCACCAACCUCGGAUGGGUGCCGUAGAAGUCCAGCAUAUGAGAUUCGCUGGCUUUUGCGAAACUUCGCAUAUCAUGAUAUCCUGAUGAGCGUAACAUUGGAUCGCGAGCCUCUAAUACCCGGCCGAUAUUGGAUCCCACAACCAAUGAAUGAAGUCGACUCCUAUGUUGGGCUGGCAUCUGAGCCUUUAGUCCUGAUUUCCAGGAUUAGCUCUCUGAAUGGCGACAUUAUCCGCUCUUUAGAAGCAUCGACACCCUCAAGUGAUUCUGAUUCUAUGUCUUCGUCUCCUCAUAGCACCUACGAAUCACCGGUUUCCUCGACAGAAGACUUCUUUCCUCAAGCAUAUAAGAUUGAGUCUGAGCUUAAGGAUUGGAAAUGCCCUGAGUCAGACAAUCAAUGCCUAACCAGCCUUGCAGAGGCAUAUAGAAGCGCGGCUCUCAUACAUCUGUACCGCAUGAUGCGACGCCGAUUCUCGGUAAAUGGCUCUGAGCUUGAAAACAAGAUGGCGAGCGAAGUCACUUCCAUCAUAUUUCAUCUGGAACAAAUGCCGCUGGGCUGCUUACCAGAAUGCACAUCACUCUUCCCUCUCUUUAUGGCUGGAGGAGAGACUCGAUGCUACGAGUUGGAUUGGCUUGAUAUCAUUCAGCGGAGGCAUUGGGAGUUGGCGUUAUCUUGA